AAUUCCUACUUCACUAUUGACCCCCUUUUCAGUGAAACCAACAGCACCAACUCCUCUAUCUCUCUCUUUUUCUCAAUCUCUCUGCACCGUUUCUCCCUUUUAAGCUUCAACCCUUUCCCUCUUUCAGUAUGGGAUCCAGAAGAAGUGAGUUGCCAGCAGAGGUUUAGAACUUGCGGUGAAAGACAUGGAAGUCUUUUUUGCCAGAGUUUUGCUCCUCUUCUCGCUGGUUUUGUCGGUACAAUCUACUUGUAACAGCAAAGACCAAGAACAAGUCUACAAAGCUUUCAAGUCUGUCUCAAACUUCAAUAUUUCUAUGCUCAAAAGCCCAGUUCAGCUGAUCAACUGUUCACAUCCUCCGAUAAAGGUGUUAAAUCUUUCCUCCAGAAAUCUAAGCGGCAGCGUUUCGUGGACCUCUCUGAGGAACAUGUCACAGCUCCAUACUAUUGAUCUCUCAAACAACUCCCUUCAUGGCUAUGUUCCAGGUUGGUUUUGGUCUCUUCAAAGUUUAGCUCAAGUUAAUUUAUCUAAAAAUAGAUUUGGAGGGACCAUUGGCUUUGCAACCACUUCGGGAAAUGGCCCAUCUACUUCGCUUCAGGUUCUUAAUCUCUCAAAUAACAGGUUCACCAACUUAGCCAAACUCUCUGGAUUUUCCAAGCUUAAAGUUCUUGAUAUUUCUCACAAUGAUUUGAGAACUUUGCCUUCUGGGUUUGCAAAUCUCACCAAUUUAAAGCAUCUUGACAUUUCAAGCUGCAAAAUUUCAGCCAAUAUAAAACCCGCUUCGUCUCUUCACUCAUUGGAAUAUUUAGAUGUAUCAAACAACUCCUUGAAUGGCACUUUCCCUUCUGAUUUCCCCCCACUUGGUGCUCUCAAGUUCUUGAAUAUUUCACUCAACAAAUUCACAGGUUCCAUUGGCCUCGAUAAGUACCGAAAGUUCGGAAAAUCUGCUUUUAGUCAUGGUGGAAAUUUCGAUAAUUUCAAUACUUCAAAAACCCCUGGCAAUCACAUUCAUGGUUCAAGAAGAACCCCACCUCAUAAAACUGUCCAAAAACACAACCCCACCAAGAAACAGAAGAAAAGUCAUAAAGCCAAAGCUUUAAUUCUUGGUUUAUCCUGUUCAUCCGCUUUUGUUUUUCUAUCGGUGGCUGCUUUUAUCAUCUUUUGCAUGUACAGAAGGAAAAGAAUAUUAGCCAGAAGAAACAAAUGGGCAAUCUCCAAGCCGGUUCAACAAAUCCCCUUCAAGAUGGAGAAAUCAGGGCCGUUCGCUUUUGAGACCGAGUCAGGCACAUCAUGGGUAGCUGACAUCAAAGAACCCACCUCAGCUCCAGUGAUCAUGUGCUCUAAGCCGUUGAUGAGCUUGACCUUCAAGGACUUGAUUGCUGCCACGUCACACUUCGGCAAAGACUCAUUGCUGGGUGAGGGCAGAUCUGGCCCACUCUACAGAGCCGUUCUUCCAGAUGACCUCCACGUGACAAUCAAAGUGCUGGAAACUGCCAAAGACAUUCAUCAUGAUGACGCCAUUGCCAUCUUCGACGACCUCUCUAGGCUUAAACAUCCAAACUUGCUGCCUCUCGCCGGUUACUGCAUUGCUGGCAAGGAGAAGCUGGUUUUGUACGAGUUUAUGGCGAACGGCGACCUGCGCAGGUGGCUGCACGAGCUGCCGACGGGGGAGCCUAACGUGGAGGAUUGGAGCACUGACACGUGGGAGCAACACAACGGCACCGGGUCUUACGUAUCCUCCCCGCCGGAAAAAGCAAACUGGCUUAUACGCCACCGUAUUGCCACUGGCGUUGCCCGUGGACUCGCCUAUCUUCACCACGUGGGGUCCACACAUGGUCAUCUUGUGGCCUCCAAUGUUCUUCUCGCGGACAACUGUGAGCCCAAGAUCGCGGAAUUUGGGCUUCGCCAAAUCGGAUCCAAGAACAUGGUAGAAGGAAGUGAAAAUAGCAAAAACAGCCCAGAGUGUGACGUUUAUUGCUUCGGCGCCGUUUUGAUAGAGUUGUUGACAGGGAAGGAAGGGACAGAAGAAUGUGUAAAGUGGGUUAGGAGGAUGGUAAAAGAAGGAGCAGCAGCUGACGCGCUUGAUUCGCGAUUGACACUCGGUGCCUUGGACUCAGUGAGUGAGAUGGUGGAGAGUCUCCGAGUUGGUUACUUAUGCACGGCGGAAUUACCUGGGAAACGGCCCACCAUGCAGCAAGUUCUGGGUCUGCUCAAAGACAUACGUCCUUCAGUGGAGUUGAGUUGAGGUGGGUGAUCUUCACGAGCAUGGACGUCGCGUGGGGAGUAAAGUUAAGUGAUUUUGGAGUGGGACCAUGUGUUGUCUCUGAUGUUAAGAAAUUUAUAAUAUAUGAAUUAUUUUAGUAA